AUGAAUUAUCGUAGAAGACGAUGCACAAAGUAUAAGAAAGUAUUCGUCGAACGGAAACAGCAACAUGAAAUUAUAAAAUUAGGAAUGAUUCAAGAAGGUCAUUUUUUUGGUGAGUGUUCCAUAUUAGAAAAUUCUGCUAGUUGUUACUCGGUUUUAAGUGAUGGCUUCUCUACUUGCUAUUUGAUAAGCCUGGAUGAUAUUCAAGCCUACGGCGGUGAAAACUUUCUACAGUUAGUAAGAAAAAAAAGAGAUGACAUUCCAAGUAACGUGAACAUGUUGGAUAUUGUUAGAAGAAGUGAAGUUUGGGAACGUUUUAAGUCUGAUAUAGUGAUAGAAAUGAUAGAUACUAAUCAGCAGAAUCGUCAAGAGUCGAAAAGAUACGCAUUCGAAUUUAAGGAUACAAGGACUGCAUGCACAAAAAUACAAAUUUUACCAAGCCGAUAUUCAAGAAAGAGUAAUCGCCCUCUUAUUUCACGUAAUGGGCCUUUUAAUGGAUCUACUUCAUCCAAAAAAGAUCAAAAUUGUAAUUCUGACUUGAGCUCCAUGCAGUCAAAUCGUCGCGAUAUUGAUUUAGCAUCGACAUCAUUAACUAAACGAAGUUUAAGUCAGCCUUCUGUAACAUUAAAUCUUCAAGCAAAUAGCCAUAAUAGUAUUUUCUCUGGUCGUAAAUCAGCGAGCACAAAUGAUAUUAGAAAAUUGGAAAAUUUUUCAGAAGAUAGUUCGGCUAGUAGACACAUUGUGGAAGCUAACGAGGAGAGUAAAAAGCAGUUAUCUUAUGCAGAAGAUCGUAUAGAAGAUUUAAAAAUUGGUCUCAGAAAGAAGUCAGCUGAUGUUACGCGAGAUAGAUUGCUGUUGAAUAAUGCUUUAGAUGAACUAGAAAGUGCAUCCGUAAGCUCCACACCACCGGUCAAUCCACAAUCAAGUCACGGCCAAAGACGCAAAAAUAUCUUCGAAGAUGGGCCGCCAAGUCACGUACAAUUCUUGGAAGCAACGGCUCACAUCCGAGAUGCAAAUCAAGCCUUAAGGGUAUCUACUGCCAAUAUUAAUUCAGCAUGUACUAGCUUCGCUCACGAAUUAAUUUUCGAUUCUAUUACAAAGAAAUUUGUUCGUAAGGAUAGCAUUAAAGAUAAGAAAAAAAUAACUUGGCCAACUCGACCACAAACUGCAGAUGGUAUAACUAGAAAAAAUAGCGGUAGAAAUUCCGUCUUGCCGCAAUCUCUGCGUCGACAGUUGAUUAUCAGAAGGAAAAAAAGAGUUUCAGAAUCAGAAUCUAUACGACCGCAUACAACCCCAGGAACUACCUGGCUUUUUAGGCGUAAACCAUUGGUCAAUGGUAUAGAUCAAGAUCAAUGUGGGAAGAGUAAUCAUAACUAUUAA